CACUAUUUUAAUUGAAACGCGAAUGUGAGAUGUAAACAAAACUCGCGUGUCAAAAGGCAUUACCGGCCCGCCACGACUCACCGUCCCAUAAUUCCUCAUUUACUGAGUGUUGGUGGACGAGACUCUGGCACUUCAUAGAGGCACCCUUGAGGCACACCAAUUCGGACACACCGUCGCGAGGAGUAACUACAGAGGGAAAUAGGGCGGCGUGAAGAGGCACCCCCGCUAUGUCCAUCCCUGAUAAGUCGUGGCAGCCGCCCUACGUGGUGCUGGAGACGUCGAUGGGGGAUGUCACACUGGAGCUGUACUGGAAGCACGCCCCUAACACUUGCCGCAACUUUGCCGAGCUGUCCCGCCGCGGCUACUACAACGGCUGCAAGUUCCACCGCAUCAUUCGGGACUUCAUGAUUCAAGGCGGGGACCCGACAGGCACAGGGCGGGGUGGAGCGUCCAUCUAUGGAAAGCACUUCAAUGAUGAGGUACAUGAGGAGCUGAAGCACACAGGGGCAGGGCUGCUGUCCAUGGCCAAUGCAGGGCCAGACACCAACGGCUCACAGUUCUUCCUGACCCUGGCGCCGACACAGUGGCUGGACGGCAAGCACACGAUAUUUGGCCGAGUAUCUGCCGGCAUGCAGGUGGUGAAGCGGAUGGGCCUGGUGGAAACUGACAAUGGGGACCGGCCAGUAGAUCCUGUCAAGAUCAAGCGAGCGUACGUCAAGAUGCACUGACACGCAGGUGCACUCACACACACCCCAGCCUUAGUGCAGUGGGGAGGAAGUACUGCAAGUGAGCAAAUGUACAAAAAGGUUCUUGGUUCAGUGUUGCGAGAGUUUGUCUUUGGUUUUAGCAUAAGACUUGAGAGAGAACAUAACUUAACAACAUAAGGGAAGUUGCAGGAGGCCAUCAGGGCUACACAUGGCAGUCCCUUAUGAAACAUGCCUACCUAUUUUCACCCAUUCCUAUCCAUAAAUUUGUCUGAUCUUUUAAAGCUCUAACAGCCUGAUUACCGAGUCCAUUCCAUUCAUCUACUACCAUAUUUGAGACCCAAUUCCUUCCUCUUUUUUUAUAUCAAACUUUUUCAAGCUUGAGGGCAUUAUUUCUUAUAUCCUGAGAGAAAAGAAGGUGGUGACUUGGGAAGGGAUGCAGGUUGUCCCUCUCAUCAGUGUAUGGUGGGUGAAUUAAGGUGCAUCAUUUUAUUACUGUAUUACUUUACUUCAUUGUUGUACAGCUUGCCAAAAUGUGGGUGUGGCAUCUUUAACAUAAAAACAUAAAUGAAUACAUAAGAACACAGAAAUCCCAUCAAAUAAAAAGAAAACAAAUGACACUUUAGAAUAAGAGAUGAAAUGUUUGGUGUAAGAAUAAUUUAAUGAGAUUUGAUAUAAUACAUUAUCAGUAUAUAC